AUGGUGAUGGAUCAUCAACAACAGACUGUUAUGGUUGCCACUGAUCAAAUACAACAACAACUUCAACAUCAAGUUCAACAAUCUUCAUCGGAUCACUGUCAACGUUUACAACAUGUUCAUCAACCGCAACCAUCUUCUAUUAUUAUUAACAUUGCUCCAGUUAACACAACAAUUAUUAAUAAUAUAAACUCUACAACAAAUACGAUUACAAUUAAUACGAGUGAUUAUAAUCAAAUUAAACAUCCACAUUUGGGCAUGAGUUCUGUAACCGUAAAAAAUAUUGUACACGAAUGUAUUAAAGUUAAAGAUGAAAGAAUUCAACAGUGA